AUGGCGGCAAAACUACCGUCUCUCCUCCUCCUCCUCGUUCUCUUCCACAACUUGUCUGCCGUGUAUUCAAUUGGAGUCAACUACGGCACUGUCGCAGACAACCUGGCAUCACCAUCUGAAGUGGCGGCCUUUAUCAAAGAUAAAACCAUCUUUGACAGAGUGAAGAUCUUCGACACCAACCCCGAUAUCAUCAACGCGUUCGCCAACACUGGCAUUGGCUUGACUGUCACCGUCGUCAAUUUGGAUAUCCCCAAACUCGUUCACCCCAACGAGGCUACUAACUGGGUCGCCACCAACAUCGUCCCAUUCUACCAAAAAACCAAAAUCAACUACAUCUGUGUUGGUAACGAGAUCACCAUGUCCGGCAUUAGUGACCUCAUCGUAAACCUCGUUCCGGCGAUGAAGGCGAUCCACGCGGCUCUACAAGCCGCUGGCAUCAAUGACAUUAAGGUCACAACUCCUCACCCUUUCAGUAUAAUGGCCAGCUCCAGCCCACCCAGCUCUGGUAAAUUUGCGAUGGAAUUCGAACAGAGCUUAUUGAUCCCGAUGCUCCAAUUUCACCGGGAAACCAACUCUCCGUUCACGGUGAACCCCUACCCCUACUUUGCAUACUCUGGGGAUCUCAGGAACUUCUUGUUGUUCGGUGAAAACGAGGGCGCACACGACCAGGCAACUGGGCUUACCUACACUAACAUGUUCGAUGCUAUGGUCGACUCUGUUUACUCCGCCAUGAAGAGCGCGGGUUUCGGCGACGUCAGCCUUGUUGUGGGCGAAACCGGGUGGUCGUCGGUGGGUGACCCCGGCAGAGGUAUUGGGAUGGAGGAAGCCAAACUUUAUAACGCAAACCUCAUCAAGCAUAUUACCUCCGGCAAAGGGACGCCACUGAUGCCUGGAAAACCCUUGGAAACCUACAUUUUCGCUUUGUUCAACGAGAACCAGAAACCGGGCCCUUCAGAGCAGAAUUUUGGGCUGUUGAAACCCGACUUCAGUCCCGUCUACGAGUCGGGUUGUUUACGAGGAGGCCAGCAAGAGCAGGAAUUUGAGACAGCCCAGCCUCUUGAAGGGGAGAAAACAUGGUGCGUUCCUAAACGCGGCGCCCCCAUUGCCUCGCUGCAGUUGAAUUUAGACUUUGCAUGCGCCACCGGUGUGGAUUGCACAGCGAUACAAAAGGGAGGGGAUUGCUCCAUCCCCUACAGCGUGUGGUCACAUGCAAGCUACGCCAUGAACAGUUACUAUCAAAGCCAUGGUCGCACCAUGGAGAGCUGCGAUUUCAAGAACACCGGAAGAGUCACCACUAUCAACCCCAGUUAUGCACAGUGUAUCUACCUUUCUUGA